CACAAACGGCUUCCGAGUGGCGCCCAUUUGCAAAGGACUGGUCGUUGGAUUUCCUUCCGCAGAUACAGAGCUUUUCUUCUUUGUUAUACCAAACCCGUACUAGAAAAUACCAGUUCUUCCUUCUGAUUCAUCCUCUUCUCUCUCUGCUAUAUCCAUGGAAGAUCCUCCAAACCAUCGCACCCCACAGCUUCUCCAGGUCCUCCAAGCUCUCAAAGAAGCUUCCCACAACUUACAAGUCAACCCCAGUCAACACUCCGACGAUUCCAAUUCCUCCGCCAUUAAAGCUCUGUUGGAGCUACACACCGAGUCCGAUGCUAUCCUUUCUGGCGACCCAAAUCUUUCUUCUCUUUCUAAGCACCUCACUGACCUCAAGGAUUUAGUUGAGUCCCUUAGAAAUACCAAAGGAGGCCUUGGCCUCCGGUCUUUUCUCGCGCGCCGAACCUCCGCUUACUCCAUUUCCCGAAUCGCAGGGUCAAUUGAGUCUGAGAUUCAGAAGUGGAUAGACCGCGAAAGCGUUGGCAAUUUGAGCAGAGCUCUCCGAGAGCCUAUGCGCAACGAGGAGGAAUUGGUGAACCUUUUGGAUCAAUUUGAAGAGAGGCUUUCCCUAGGGUUCAGCCGUGAAUUUCAGGAUCUGGUUCUCCGAUUGAAGGUGUUUUCUUCGCUGGAAUCGAUUUUAUGCGAUUCUAAAUGCUCGAAGAGAAUCCGAGAACACUCGGCCUUAGCUAUCGCGGGAUUGAUUCGGUUUAACAAGGACGUCUUCGUAGGCCAAGUCUUAAUGGGUCCAUCCGUCAGUGCCCUAACCUCAAUGGCUUCCCCGAAUUCGAUUCAAGUCCUGUGCUCGUUAAUUAGAUCCAUAAAAUCUCCUAUUGUGGACGAAAUCAAGUCGAACGGCGAAAUACCGAAGAUCAUGAGCUUCUUAAACUCACAGGAUUUACAUAUGAAAGUGAUGGCCAUGGAUUGUGUGCUAGAAAUUGGGUAUUUCGGGAGGAAGGAAGCGGUUGAGGCUAUGUUGAAGGAAGGUUUGAUAGAAAAACUUAUAGAGUUGCAAAGGUCCGAACUGGGUGGUGAUUUGAUCGGCAUCGAUCAGCAUAGCGAGAAAGAAAAAGAAGAAGAAAGUGGGGUCAGUGUUGGAGGAGUGGUAGAAAAAGGGAAGAGGGAAAGCAGGCAGAGACGGUUCCUGCAAAACCAUCCGUUUGCAAGCUGUGUGGCAAGAUUUGCAGUUCAAUUAGAAGUGGGAGAAGGGUUGAGGCAGAGAGAAAGAAGAGCUUUCAAGCAAGAGAUUCUGACGAGAGUAAGGGAAGCUUCCGUUUCUGAUGCUGAAUCUGCCACCAUUAUUGCCGAAGUUUUGUGGGGCUCUUCACCAUAAGCGAAAUAUGUUGAACCCAAAACAAUUUCCCCCCCUUUCUUGUUCUUAAUCUUAUACCAGAAUUUGUACUCAGAGCAAGGACAUUACACCUUGAAGGACUCGCCAUUGAGACCAAAUAUGCUUAGUUUUGAUGUUAUUAGAGUGUGAGAAAUAUAUUGUUAGGAGAUAUGUUGCAAGAAUUCAUCGUAUUUGAAUGUAUAUAAUGUAGCUAGAAUUAGGAGCAAGAUUUAAAAAAAUAGAUGAUCGGAGGUAUAAAUUGAAUGUAUGCUUCGCAUUCUUUUUAUAUUCUCAAUUUGUUUGACAACGUUGGAUCGUGAUUAAAAUUGUCAAGGCCGAUGUCUGAUGAUUCUUCGGUUUUGGAUGGUCAA